UUAGUGGUCAGUAAUUGUGAGUUGGUUUCAACGAAGAGUUCUGUUUACUUAGAUGAUCUCAGUUAGAUCGUCAUGUAAUCUACUUUUAUCAAUAUUCGUUUCUGGAAAAAGGCUUGUUCAAAUUUCGAAAUGGCUAAAAUAUCGGCAAUUUAUUUUCUUUCUAUUUUAUCAUCGAUUUUGUGUCAUUUGUCCUAUGCUCAAGAUGAUUUCACAUGGGAGGCACAUUUUGAGAAUACAACGUGUUCGAUCUACAUGGGCGAUUUAAAAAAUAUCAGUUUAACCAUAGCAAAUUUGAAUAAAGCCGAUUUGAUCGAAUCAAAUGCAACAAUUCGGGUAGUUAGUGAUUCCAAUAUUUUGCGAGUGACACAAAUAAUUCCACUGAAUGAAAUCGAUGGAGAUAAAUGGAAUGGAUUUUUUCGGAUUAAUGCCAUUUUCAUUGGACAUGCCAAUGUAUUGGUGAAAGUUGUACGGGAGAAUAAACAAGUUCAAAGAUCAACACAACAAAUUCGUAUUGACAUCCGGCACAAAAGCAUACUUGGAACAGUUUUCAUGAAAUAUUUCAAUAUUUGCGUUUUGGUGUUUUAUUUUGUAAUGUACAUCAACUUUGGUGUGGUUCUGGAACUAAGCAAAGUAAAAACUGUCGUUCGAAAACCGUUAAGACCAUGUGUAGCUUUUAUAUGUAAUUUCAUAUUUUCACCGUUGGCAGGCUACUUACUCGGUAUGCUUUUAUUCCCAGACAGUGAUGAUUUAAGAUACGGCAUAUUCGUUUGUGCAUUAAGUUUACUGGGUGGCGGACUGAUCAUUUGGAAUGCGAUUCUGGGUGUUAACAUUGAUGUUUCGCUUACGCAAAGCAUUUUAAAUACGCUGUUCGCUUGUGGUGUCGUGAUUCCACUGUGGGUGUUUACAUUCGGUGAAAUAGUAUUCGAUCGAGAAUACUUGGCUGCAUCUUACAGUUCUUUCGUAUGGAACAUUAUCUAUUUAAUCAUUCCGCUCUGCAUUGGUGUGCUAAUUCAGUAUUUCUGUCCACGUUCCACCAAAUUCGCGAUGCGAAGCAUGACAUUGAUCAUCGAUUUUUAUGUGAUUUCCUACAUCGUUUUGAUGAUUGUGGAAUAUUGGAAUAUGUUCACCUCAGAAAUAUUUAUGUUUACGUGGAAAUAUUUCUUGGGUGGUUUCUUUCUGCCUGUUAUCGCAUACUCAUUCGGUUGGAUAGUGGCGCUGAUUAUCCGCGAUGAAUAUAAAGAUCAAUUAGAGCUUGCAACUGCGGCUCUUACAAAAAAUAUCACCAUCGUCAAUUCAAUAAUGCAUAUUACAGUUUACUUCCCGCAUACGGAGUCGCAUUUAUUUCUGUCCAGUUUAGUCAUCAUAAUGAUACCUAUUCCGAUUAUUGUACAACAGCUCAUUCAUCUUGUUGUCAGGCGGUUGACGAACAAGCAUUCACCUCAGCCAAUUCCACAGAAUGAACCAGAAUCUAUACCUCCAAAGUAGUUUGAUCAAUAAUCGACGAUUUUGGAGUCAUUUUUGUGGCGUCUCCCACUCGCAUUUAAUUUCCAUUGUAGAAACUUGCUUGUCAAAGUUCAAACAUCAUUGCAAACAUAUGGAAGUGGAGGAAAUGACGCCAAGCUGCACGAGGUUAUUUAAGCAUAUAAUAAAUAUAAUUUGGGAUUGUGCCAAUCAGUUGCCGUGGUCCGUAGUACUUGAUUAUCUGUUCAUUAGAUUGAAAUUUCAUGUGUGAUAUCUGUGUGAAUGUUUGUUUGAAGAAUCUCUUCUUUUUCAGCACACAAAAUAAACGGCGUUUAUCAAACGCAAACACUAAACAUAGCCAGUAGUUAUCUUAUCCAAAAGUGUGUUUCAAACCAGCAGUCUAAUGAAAAUAAUCACAAAGAAGAAAUUAAUCAAUUGUUUUCAAGAAUUGGUUAUCGCUAUACAAUUGCAUUAAUGGAAUAGCAAUUACUGAAAACAAUUGAUCAUUGUGUAUGUGUGUUUAUCAAUUUAUACUCACAAUUUCAAUCUGAAUACACGAAAAUGCCAUAUCUGAUUAUUUUUCAUCCUCACAAGUGUGUGAGUUUUUAUUUAAUAUGAUUUUUGUAC